GAUGGCGGCGUGUAGACGUGUGCAGCUGCUCUUGCUAUUGAUGUCCGUGUUGUUUUCUGUGUGUUCCGUUCAAGGACUUAAACCUCCGAGCAAUGGCAUGGGAAACGGAGAUAGUCUUCAAAGCUUACCACUCAAAAGUGCAAAUGUUCCUCCUGCUGCAGUGGCCUCACAGGUUCGCAGGAGCACCAGUUGGAAGCUGGCCGAUGAAGAGGCCUGCCGGGAGGACGUUACCCGGCUUUGUCCGAAAAAACACUGGCCCAAUAAUUUAGCUGUAUUGGAGUGUCUACAGGAUAGGAAAGAGGACACAGAGAUUGCAACAGACUGCAACCAUCUGCUGUGGAACUACAAGCUGAAUCUGACCACAGAUCCCAAAUUUGAGUCAGUGGCUGGGGAAGUGUGCAAAACCACCAUCGGUGAGAUUAAAGAAUGUGCGGAAGAGGAGAAGGGCAAAGGCUAUCUGGUGUCCUGCCUGGUGGAUCACCGUGGCAACAUCAGCGAGCGGCAGUGCCACCAGUAUGUCACCAAAAUGACCACGAUCAUCUUCAGCGACUUCCGGCUCAUCUGUGGCUUCAUGGACAAGUGCCGCGAGGACAUCAACACGCUGCACUGUGGCAGUAUUAGCACCGGGGAGAAGGACCUGCACUCUCAGGGUGAGGUGAUCUCGUGCCUGGAGAAGGCUCUGGUGCGGGAGGCGGAGCAGCAGGAGCAGGCCCACUCCAUCCAGGACGGCUGCAAGAAGUCCAUCAUGCGCGUGGCCGAGCUCUCGGCCGACGACUUCCACCUGGACCGCCACCUCUACUUUGCCUGCCGUGAAGACCGCGAGCGCUUCUGUGAAGACACUCAAGUUGGAGAGGGACGAGUUUACAAGUGCCUGUUCAACCACAAAUUCGAGGAGGCCAUGUCAGAAAAGUGCAGAGACGCCCUCACUACGAGACAGAAGCUGAUCGCUCAGGACUACAAGGUCAGCUACUCGCUGGCCAAGGCCUGCAAGGCCGACCUGCGCAAGUACCGCUGCAACCUGGACACCAACAUGCCCCGGGCCCGCGAGGCACGCCUCUCCUACCUGCUGCUCUGCCUGGAGGCCGCUGUACAUAGAGGGCGCACGGUGAACGGCGAAUGCCAGGGCGAGAUGCUGGACUACCGGCGCAUGCUGAUGGAGGACUUCUCGCUGAGCCCCGAGAUCGUGCUGCACUGCCGCGGCGAGAUCGAGGCCCACUGCUCCGGCCUGCACCGCAAGGGGCGCACCCUGCACUGCCUGAUGCGCGUGGGCCGCGGCGAGAAGGGCGCCGCCAUGGACAGCAUGUGCCAGAGCGCGCUCCAGACCCUGAUCCAGUCGGCCGACCCCGGAGCGGACUACCGCAUCGACCGGGCGCUCAACGAGGCCUGCGAGUCGGUCAUCCAGACGGCCUGCAAGCACAUCCGCAACGGGGAUCCCAUGAUCCUUUCGUGUCUGAUGGAGCACCUGUACACAGAGAAGAUGGUGGAGGACUGUGAGCACCGGCUGCUGGAGCUUCAGUACUUCAUCUCCAGGGACUGGAAACUGGACCCCAUCUUGUACAGGAAGUGCCAGAGUGACGCGGCCCGUCUCUGCCACACUCACGGCUGGAACGAGACCAGCGAGAUCAUGCCCCCGGGCGCCGUCUUCUCUUGCCUCUAUCGCCACGCCUACCGCACCGAGGAGCAAGGCAGACGGCGUGAUCCAGAAGAGAAUCUGUCGCGGGACUGUAAAGUGGAGGUCCAGAGGAUCCUGCACCAGAGGGCCCUGGACGUGAAGCUGGAACCUGAGCUGCAGAAGCGCUGCAUGACCGACCUGGGCAAGUGGUGCAGCGAGCGGACCGAGACCGGACAGGAGUUGGAGUGUUUGCAAGAUCAUCUUGAGGACUUGGUAGUUGAGUGCCGAGAGGUCGUGGGAAACCUGACUGAGCUGGAAUCGGAGGACAUCCAGAUUGAGGCCCUGCUUAUCCGAGCCUGUGAGCCAGUCAUCCAGACCCAUUGCCACGAUGUGGCUGAUAAUCAGAUUGACACAGGGGACCUGAUGGAGUGCCUGGUGCGGAACAAGCACCAGAGAGAGACGAAUGACAAGUGUGUCGUGGGUGUCACACACUUCCAGCUGGUCCAGAUGAAGGACUUCCGCUUCUCCUACAAGUUUAAAAUGGCCUGCAAGGAGGACGUCCUCAAACUGUGUCCCAACAUCAAGAAGAAGGUGGAUGUGGUGGUGUGCCUGAGCACCACCGUGCGAAACGACACGCUCCAGGACGUGAAGGAGCAGCGCGUCUCGCUCAAGUGCCGCAAGCAGCUGCGGGUGGAGGAGCUGGAGAUCUCGGAAGACAUUAGGCUGGAGCCAGAUCUGCAGGAGUCCUGCAGGCCUGACAUAAAGAAACUGUGCUCUGGGGUGGAGUUUGGCAAUGCCCAGAUGAUCGAGUGUCUGAAGGAGAACAAGAAGCAGCUCACCCAUCAGUGUCACCAGAAGAUCUUUAAGCUGCAGGAAACCGAGAUGAUGGACCCUGAGCUGGACUACCAGCUGAUGCGCGUGUGCAAGCAAAUGAUCAAGCGUUUCUGCACGGAAUCCGAUGCCAAGAACAUGCUCAACUGUCUGAAGCAGAACAAGAACAGUGAGCUGAUGGACCCCAAGUGCAAACAAAUGAUCACCAAGAGACAAAUCACCCAGAAUACAGACUACAGGCUAAACCCUGUGCUGAGGAAGGCCUGUAAGGCUGACAUCCCCAAAUUCUGCCAGGACAUCCUGCGCAAAGCCACUGACAAAGAGACCGAACUGGAGGGCCAGGUCAUCUCCUGCCUCAAACUCAAAUAUGCUGACCAGCGUCUGUCUCCUGACUGUGAAGACCAGAUCAGGGUGAUUCUGCAGGAGUCUGCCCUGGACUACAGACUGGACCCUCAGUUGCAGAUGCACUGCAGUGAUGAGAUUUCGCGACUUUGUGCGGAGGAGGCGGCAGCACAGGAGCAGACGGGGCAGGUGGAGGAGUGUCUGAAGGGCAACCUGCUGAAGCUCAAACAGGAGGGCUGUAAAAAGGAAGUCCUGAACAUGCUGAAGGAGAGCAAGGCGGACAUCUUUGUGGACCCAGUGCUGCAUACGGCCUGUGCCCUGGACUUGAAGCACCAAUGUGCGGCCAUUACUCCAGGCCAUGGCAGACAGAUGUCCUGUUUGCUGGAAGCUCUGGAUGACAAGCGCGUACGACUGCAGCCAGAGUGCAAGAAAAGACUCCAGGACCGCAUUGACAUGUGGACCUACGCAGCCAAGGUGGCCCCAGCUGAGGGUUUCUCAGACUUGGCCCGGCAAGUCUUGCUGUCGCCCUCCAAGAACUACAUCCUGUUUGUGACCGCCCUGGCCGUCUGCGUGCUCUUCCUUAUUGGCCUGUUGUGUGGCCGCAUCACCAAGCGUGUCACCAGGGAACUGAAGGACAGGUAGAGAGAGGGGUGCCGAGGGGGGCCGCCCUGAUACAUGACAAACUCUCUCCGUCUCUCCAUCCCUUCCUCCCUCCCUCUCUCUCUCUUUCCUCUCUCGCUCUCUCUAAAGGCCCAGACUCUACUCGUAGCCCUUGCCUGUCUCAGUUCUCAAUCAUUCUGUCUCUCACUCCCUCUCUCUCUCUCACACACACACACACACACACACUCCCUCCCGUUCUAAUGCUGGCAUGGCUCCAAAGACCCCUGCCCCCACCAUCACUCUCCGCCCCACCUCAGACUUCCAAACGACCCCUGAGGAGGCCCACAGAGUGUCCCACUGGCCCUGGGCAGCCGUGUUCUGCUCCGUCCUCUCCAUGGUCUACUGCUGUCCUCCCUGCCACCCCAGCACCCCCUCGCUUCUUCGUCCCCUUGAAGGACGAAGGACGAGAAGCACCUCUGCUCCAGUACCGCAAAGGCCCUCACGGAACUUCUGCCUUGGCUUUUGUCGUCGUCGUCGUCGUCGUCGUCAUGCGUUUUCAAAUCUCCACAGAAAUGUGAGGAUGACUGUUGCUACGCAAGCCAUUACGCAACACUUUUUUUUUUGUUGGUGUUUGUUUGUUUAUUUGUUUUUUUGUUUUUUAGAACUGGCUUGCCUUAUUCUAAUAUAAUUCCAGCUGCAUUCUUGAGCCAGAUGUAUUUUUCAGACGUGAGGCUUUCCCUUUUGGACAUGAGGUGUAUUCUGGGGGUCAGGAUCGACUUCAUGCACCAUGGAACUCUGUGCAUCCUCAUACGUGCGUCACAGUUCGCUCCACUCCCGGAGUAGGGGGGGAUUGACUGUUCAUUUGCAAUCAUCUCACCCAAGAGAGAGGGGUCAAUUCUAUGCUGUUUUUCUGGGUGUGCUUUCAACGUUUUUUUUGUUUGUUUGUUUUUGUUCUCUUUUUAAUAUCCACUGGUCACAAAUGAGUGAGCGGGCAUGCAGAUGUUUUUCACCCUAUAGCCGCAGGACUGCCUGAUUGAACUUGAGGGCCUGAAGGUACGACAUUAAAACCGAAGGACGGAGUGAUGGUGCACUCAGCAUUAAAGAACCAACGCUUGGUUUUGUUUUUUCCUUUUCUCUUUCUUUUUUUAAUUUUUUUUUUUAAAGAUGGACAUGGUGUUGGAACCGUAUUCAUGCAAUGUCAAACAGAUAAGUCUCUGUUAAAACUGGAGUGAAACUCCAAGGAAAGGUCAGUCACAGUGGCAAAACCAAUGCAGAGUCCACUGAAACUGGGAGCGUGGGCGAUGGAGCUUUACUUCACUUUGGAUUUCUGAUGGAGUGAUCAGGAGAACCGUCAUUAGUCUGCCUGAGCUAGAGGCUGUGCGUUGGGCACAGGCUGCGUAGGAGAGAAUUGCCAGGUUUGCCUGGCCAGCAUGUGGACAGUGGGGAGAGGGAGAUCAGAUGUGGGUUACCUAGGAGUCUACUUGCCUUCUUGUACACAAAGCUUUUGAUGAGGGUUGAAUUUGUUGUUUAGGGCCAAGGCAUUUGUCAAAGAGCAGAAUGAAAAAACAACCGCACACCAUUUUAGAGCGCAUUUGGACUGUAUGUGUGUAUGCGUGAUUUUUUAUUUUUUUUUUUGUCUUAUUUUUUUAUGUAAGAUGAACUUUGAAUUGCUAACUGAAUCAUUGCACAUUUUUUGUGAUCUAUGUACGUUUGUUUGACCAUAGCCUUAUUUAUUGUUUACAAACUAAUUGGGUUGAGUGUUUGUUUUUUUCUUGCUUAUUCUUUUUGUGAAGUGUGUCACGUGUAAAUGUUUUCUCUCGUUGCCUUUUCUCUCGUUUACGCCUGUGAAUGUCCCUAUAGGCUCUACCUGAACAAAAAGGGGCUUCGGGCUAGAGAGAAGUUUUUAUAUCGUCACCGGGGGUUGGUCUUGGGAGGAGGCCACAGCUUUGUAUACUGUAAGUUUACUCCAAGAGGAGCGACCAAGGAUGUAAUGGUGUCCACAGAUGGAAUACAGAACAAAUCUCUUCCCUUCCCUUUAGCUCUUAGUCAAGAAUUCACCUUAAAGGAGACAUGGAUAUCAUAGACAAAGGCACCAACCCAUUAAAAGAGGCAGGUUUAGCUCCUCUGAGCCACACUGCAGGCCAUACAUGGCAUGAAGCACUCCCCCCUCCUUUACCUUCCUUUAUCCUUGAACACCUAACACGUCGUCUAGAACGAAGCCUAGUCCGCAGAAAAAAGAAUACAUUCAUUGCAGUUCAUUGUAUUUAAGCAGAGAUCUAAGACCUGACAGUAACGCCUCAUGUAAAAGUACUAAGGGAAAAUUGCAUUUCAACACAAAGAGUUAUGAUUUUGUAAAUAGUUAGAGAGUAUUUACAAAUGGGACAUCAUCCUGCAUACAGGCAGGCUGAUGCUGGACACGGUGGGGGGAGGGGUGGGGUCGGGUUGAUGGAACUUGUGUGGGAGUGUGACCAUUAUGUGCAACCAGGAAAUGCUGCAAUUUACCCAAAUGGCAGAUACUUUAGUCAUUAUUUUCAGAUGCUAUAUAAAAGUACAAUAUCAUUUAAGAACGAUGAAUGUUUAUUGCAAAUAUAGAUCUCUUUUCUGAACUGAUGUAUGUCUGGGGGAAAACACAAUUUAUGACCUUUUUUAAGAUUUUUUUUUUAAAUUACAGCCGUCACAAGGAUUUUGAUCCACCUGGCAUUCAUAUCAUGUUUAGUUUUUGCUCUUUUUAGUGAUUAAACAACCUAUUCAACACAACACAUGCCCAAGUUGCAUUCAGCACUGGGGUGCUGUCGUCCAUUGUCAUGAAAUGUCAAGGUUUGGCAUUCAGGAUGGGAAUUUAAGAUAACUCUGCCUCUGUGAAUGACAUACUGUCAAGCUGAUAUGUGACAAGGUAUCAAAUGACAGAUAUUAAAAUUUAUAAUAAAUGGUUGAAGGCUUGUGUCACCAACAUAUGAAAUGGUAUUGUAGAGAAAUGGGUUGUUUCAACCUUGUAAUAGUCAUCCGAGUUCAAUUAAAGAUGCCAGACACUCUAAGAGGAUGUCAAGAAAACUUGGGGGGGGGAAAUGGAUUUAAAAAUAUAGAAAAUUGCUUUUUAAGAGGCAUACUUAACUGGUGAAAGAAUCAAUAUGCACCCAGGUUUGGACGUACAUUCAUGUAUUUGCGUAUUCAUGUAACGCUCUCGGAAUAUACAUGUAAAAUCUGGAGUAAGGUACAGUAACGGCAGGCUCUAACUGCUUCAAUUGAUUACUGAUUCCACCACAGCAGCCCUGACACGUACAGCACACAUCACCCAGAAUUGCUCCAAGUUCCUCACAGUUAGUUUUUUUCUGUACAAAGAACUGUCCUCAAAAAAGAUAACCAAUUUUGUAAUUUUUAUUUGUGUGAAAAUGUAUGGCUGUACUCUUCUCUGUUCUCCAGUUAUGCCAUGUAAUAUUGAGAUGUAAGAGGUUUAAAUUUGUGCAUUUUUCUGUUGAUUUUAUUUUUCCUGUACAGAUGGAAAAUUUGUCAGUUUAAUAAAAUUGUCUGCAGAUUUUCA